ACUCUACAGUCCACACACAAGCACUACUACUUACUAGUAGUACAUACUUAGCCAAGAAAGAAGAAGAGGAAAACAGAAGGUCGAAGAUGAAGACGAAGGUCCUCGCACCGCUCGGCGCUGCCGUGGUACUGCUGGCCUUGGUGGCGGUGCAGGGGGCGCAGGCGCAGAAGUGCGGCAAGCAGGGCAACGGCAUGGAGUGCCCCAACAACCUGUGCUGCAACCAGUACGGGAACUGCGGCAUCGGCAUGGACUACUGCAGCAACGGGUGCCAGAGCGGCGCCUGCUACAAGAGCAAGCGGUGCGGCACCCAGGCCAACGGCACCCUCUGCCCCAACAACCACUGCUGCAGCAGGCUGGGCUACUGCGGCUUCGGCUCCGAGUACUGCGCCAACAACUGCCAGAGCGGACCCUGCCGCCAUGACGUCAGGUGCGGCAAGGAGGCCGGCGGCAAGCUGUGCGACAACAACCUCUGCUGCAGCAUGUGGGGGUACUGCGGCCUCGGCUCCGAGUUCUGCAGCAUCGACUGCCAGAGCGGCCCCUGCAGCUACGAGAAGCUGUGCGGCAAGCAGAACGGCGGCAAGGCUUGCACCGACGGCUACUGCUGCAGCCAGCACGGGUCAUGCGGCCUCGGCAUGAACUACUGCGGUCAAGGCUGCCAGAGCGGCAGCUGCCACAACACCGGCCUGGACGGCAACAUCGCCUUCAUCAUGACAAACUCCACCACCCAGUAAUUUCAUUCCAUGGGUAUAUUGUGUGCAACUCCGCCACGUGGUUUCCCCUCCCCUUUGGUUCUCUUAAUAAUUCUCUAGCUUGCAAUAUUACAUGCUGCAUGCAUGAUUAUGGCUUGCUGCAGUAGAUACAAGGAAAUACUGCGUUGAGAGGAGAAAUAGUAUGUGGCAAUGUUAGCUAGCUAGGCUGAUAGUGCUACUAUUAUGUCAGCCGCAAAUCUAGAUUUCUUGGUAGUCAGUGCGUUCUAUGGGUCUGUUUGGUUUGAGCCCCAACCUGUCUUACCAAAAAAUUGGCAAAUUUUGGCAUGACCAAAAUAAGGGCAUGACCAAAAAUUUGGUAAGUGGAUAUUGUUUGGAUUACAGCCAUUUUGAUGACCAAUUAUUUGGCAAACUUUUUAGACCUA